AUGCUGUUGCUGUUCCGCCUGACGCGAGACCGCAAGUUCCUGCACCGCGCGCAGGAGAUGGCGCGCUUCAUGUUCACGCGCAAGUUCGACAAGGAGGCGCGCGUGCCGGACAAUCCGUUCAGCCUGUUCGAGGGUUUACCUCCGAACGUGUACUUAGCACUCCAACUUCUCUUCAAAGAGGACUGUCCAUAA